AUGUUGAAUACACCCGCGAUCAGACAGCUCUCCCGCUGUAUCUCAUUGCGGUCGAACAAGUCGCAAUUUCCGUGGAUUCCUACUUCAAACGCCUUUGAAAUAGUAACAAGCGUUCCUAUAUGUGCGGAAUCUUGGCCGGUGUAUCCAUGCGUAGGUGUAAACGUGAUAAACGCACUGACGCCUACACUGGCGAAUCAAGUGCUACGUACGCCACACCAUAUUGGCGCCCAACAGGUAGAAUUUAGGAGACACCGCGGCGGAAAGGUCAAGAACAAACUCAGAAACAUAGAGAAGAGGAAGAAGCGCGAGCAAAAUAUGCACAGACUUUCAUCGGAUGUCAAAUUCAACAUACGUACUGGCCCUGCCGACGCUGCGUCAACGUGA